CUUGCGUCCUCCAUUUCUGUUUUUCCUUCAAGCGCAAGGAUUUUUUCAAUCCGAUCAUCUAAACCAUAAAAAUCCCCUCAUUUUCGUCGUCUUUCCCUUCACUCUCUUGGAGUUUUUUUUCUUCACAGGAGGGUUAUCAAAGGCGUCUUUCCUUCUAAUUGUUUGCGUUGCCGAACCUAAUAGACGAUACGAGAAGCACUCUGGAAGCUGCCACUUCCGCUCUGCCUCUCAUUUCCAUUUCAGUUUGCGGUUUACUAGUCGAACAAAUCUUCAUUUCUUGUCGAAAAUUCCUUGGGAACAACCCCCCAAACAAACGAACCGAAACGAUAUUCAAGUUCAUCUCGGCUGAUACACUAAACUGUAAUCAUGGCCGAUCAACUCAACAUGGCUGGGCUCAGCGUCGGUGGGGGCGGCCCCGGAAACGGACCUCGAUCUUACAUCCCGCCUCAUAUGAGAGGCAAGGUCGGUGGUCCUGGCAUGAACGGACCCCAGAACGGACCCCAGAACGGCGGCGGCCCCCCAGGCCACGAUGGACCCCCAUCUUCAGUUAACAACGGCUUGAACAACUCUGCUUGGGCUGGAAACCAGAACCACGAUGCUCGCGGCGGAAACUGGGGCAACCAGGGCGGCGGCCCCCCGCCUCGCAACAACAACUGGAACCGUCCCUCGUUCAACCCCAACGCUUAUGGCGGCGGCAACCAAGGCGGCGGCCAUGGCGGCGGUGGUGGUGGCGGCUAUGCUAGAGGCUCAGGAGACGGCCAGUGGCGUGAUGGCAAGCACAUUCCCGGUCCUGUAAACGCUCGCGUCGAGCGUGAGCUGUUCGGCACUCCCGACGACCCGUCGAAGCAGCACACCGGUAUCAACUUCGAGAAGUAUGAUGACAUCCCCGUCGAGGCUUCUGGUCACGAUGUGCCCGAGCCCGUCUACACCUUCAGCAACCCUCCUCUGGAUGACCAUCUUAUCAGCAACAUUGAGCUUGCCCGGUACAAGGUCCCCACUCCCGUCCAGAAGUACUCAGUUCCCAUCGUCAUGGGUGGCCGUGAUUUGAUGGCUUGUGCCCAGACUGGUUCCGGAAAGACUGGUGGUUUCUUGUUCCCUAUUCUCUCCCAGGCAUUCAAGACUGGCCCUUCGCCCAUCCCCGCAACAAACCAGGGACCUGGUGGUUACGGUCGGCAGCGCAAGGCUUACCCUACCUCUUUGAUCCUGGCGCCCACUCGUGAGCUUGUUUCUCAGAUCUACGAUGAGUCUCGCAAGUUUGCCUACAGGUCGUGGGUUCGCCCUUGCGUCGUGUACGGUGGUGCCGACAUUGGUAGCCAGCUCCGUCAGAUUGAGCGUGGUUGCGAUUUGCUCGUUGCCACUCCCGGUCGUCUUGUCGAUCUCAUCGAGCGUGGUCGCAUCUCGCUGUGCAACAUCAAGUACCUGGUUUUGGACGAGGCUGAUCGCAUGCUUGACAUGGGUUUCGAGCCUCAAAUUCGCCGCAUUGUUGAGGGCGAGGACAUGCCCAACGUGCAGGACCGCCAGACUCUCAUGUUUUCAGCCACCUUCCCUGGUUACAUCCAGCAGCUUGCCCGCGACUUCCUCAAGGACUACAUUUUCCUGUCGGUUGGACGUGUCGGUUCCACCUCCGAGAACAUCACUCAGCGCGUCAUGGAGGUCAAGCACCGUGAUGACAAGAUCUCCCACCUCUUGGAUCUGCUCAGCACCCACGGCGGCGGCCUCACCCUUAUCUUCGUUGAGACGAAGCGCAACGCUGAUGAGCUGUCGGACUUCUUGCAGAACCAGAACCUCCCUGCCACCUCUAUCCACGGAGACCGUACUCAGCGUGAGCGUGAGCGUGCUCUCGAGAUGUUCCGCACUGGCCGCUGCCCCAUUUUGGUGGCUACUGCCGUUGCUGCUCGUGGUCUCGAUAUUCCCAACGUUACCCACGUCAUCAACUAUGAUCUUCCCACCGAUAUUGAUGACUACGUCCACCGAAUUGGUCGUACCGGUCGUGCCGGCAACACCGGUAUUGCUACUGCUUUCUUCGACAUGAAGGAUAACAGCGGUGUUGCUCAGGAGCUGCUUAACAUCCUGAAGGAGGCCAAGCAGGACAUUCCUCCCUUCCUGGAGACUGCUGCCCGCAUGAAGUCGUACGGUGGCGGCCGUGGCCGUGGAGGUGGUGGCCGUGGCCGUGGCGGCGGCGGCAACCGUGACUUCCGCAAGUUCGGCGGCGGCGGCGGCGGCGGCUUCAACGGAGGCGGCGGUGGUGGCUUCAGCGGUGGUGGCUACGGCGGCGGCGGCGGUGGUUACGGCGGUGGUGGUGGUGGCUACGGCGGCGGCGGCUACGGCGGCGGCGGCGGUGGCAGCUACGGAAACCCCGGCGGCGGCCAGUCCUGGUGGUAAACCCUUGGAACUACCACUCUGGGGGCUGCACUGUAUCAACGGGGCCAGCUGGCAAUACCCCUUCACACCGUCCUUUUGUUUCCAUUUCCCCUUGCACAUUUUGCAUUUUCAACAUUUAUUUUUUCGGUUCGCGAUAACGGCCUCACCUCGACAAACGCUGCUUUUUGAGUCUUGCGGAGCCGUAACUCCGCGCAGGCUUUUGUUCUUCAAGCUACGACGAUAGAUCGCAUCUUUUUACUGCGCUACCCCUAAAUACCCAUAGACGACAGGGGAGUGUUGCGGCCACGAAAGCCGCAACCGGCGCUACAGGUGCGAUACAACAAUGUGGGAUAUUUGCUCCUGGGGAUGUUUGGCUCUAGCGUCGUUCCCCCUGGGUGCUUCCCCAUUAAUGACGGUCAUGUCUCUGCUUUUCUUACGUUCAAGAAGCACGCGUUUGUGUUCGAAUAGAGUCGCAUGUCGCAUGUCGCGAUUGUGCUUUCUUUUCUUUUUGCACAUUUUCAUAUCUUUUCUGCUUGUUUUGUGGCAUUUACAUCUUAGACAAAAGUGGAUUUCUCGGUUCUUUCUGGUCGCAGGCGUGUCGGGCGGCCUUUUACUUUCAGAGGCACACCAUAGAGGAGGCACGCUGAUAGACUGGCAUGAUUGUUUUCUUUUCCUUCUCUCUUCCGAGGCAUGGGUACCACGAGUCUGGCAGGACUACGUUGUACCAAUUGCGACUGUGUGCCGUGAUGCGGCGCAAGGAACGUUUUAAUGAUACCCAACCACCUUUUUGAUGAGCACAGCCCUUACUGGGGCGCAUGAGCUUAUGACACGAAGGAUUUAGGGUCUUCGGAUUUUGAAGGUCGCUGCAGUCUCGGAACUGGCAGUGUCCCUUGGGACAUGGGGGAAAAACUGGACAAAGGAAAAGAGAACUUUAAUUGUAAAGACCCAACGAGGGCCAGGCAUUUAUGCUUCAGGACAAUGAGCACACUGGAAGAAGAGGGAUUCUUCCUGGCGGAGGAAACGGGACAGGGCAACUAGGUUUUGUUAGAGCCUGUUUUGCUGUCCUUCAUCGUGCUCGGGCAUCACUGGAGGGAUGGAAGUCGGGGACCCAGAACUGAGGACUCCCACAAAAAAAAAUAACUCAAUUGAAACCUGUGAUUGCUUUAAA